UUCUCUUCGUAUCUAUCAUGAUAAAACUACAUUCGGUGGUUUAAAUCGUUUAUGUCGUUAUUGUAAUGUUUGCGGUCAGAUAAAGCACAUUUUUCCAUCAAUAUCUCUGAUCUCUGAAAAUUGAGAUAGAUUUCGCAACGCUCUAUCGUUGUAGAAGUCAACGUAAUAGAAUGAAUGAAUGAAUUUAUUGAUUAUUAAAAAUGAAUGAAUGAAUGAAAAAAAAUUAUUUUCACAAAGGAGGUAUCCCAGCGAAGGUGGAGCCCUCAGUCCAGAGGCACUGUGGCCUUCGCCAUCUUGCUAGCUCUGUCGAUCAGCUUGAGCUGUUCUUCAGGCUUCGAGCAGGAGAGUUCUUCAGUAGACAUCCGCCAUCUAUUGAUCGAUUUAUCAUCAGGCUACUUGCAAAGCGCGCAGUUAAGAGUAGAUCAAUUAGGGACGACAAGGAAUGUAAUCAAUGAAUUAUUUUCGUUUUCACUGGCGUGUUCAAACAAAUGAAGAAAAACCGACUCACGAGGAUGCGUUUCCCACAUGCCAUAAUGAUGUUGAACCAUGUUGGUUGGGCAUGUGAGGUCCGCCCUUGCCAGGAGCGGCGUGAAUAUACUUUGUUACUUGUUAUUUGUUUGUACGUCCGAGCAGCUGAAUAGAAAGGUCAGUUCCCAUGUCCAAAAUCACACAUUUUCACAAUACAUGGCUGUCUUUCGUGAUCCUUCUUUUGGGGAUUUGAUAUGAAGUUUCGAUCAAUAUAACGCUCUGUCAUCACCAUAAGAUUACUUCCAGUGGCGCAAAGCCUUUUGGCGAAGUGUCCUGCAUGCUAGCAAAUCGGUUCAUUUGGGCGUGUCCCAUUCCUCAGUUUUCUAGAACUGCGCGAAGGUCAAAUCAAUGACACAUUGCUGCUUUUGUACGUCAUUGCUACGGAGCAUAAUUAUCAUAAAGAACGCCCUGAAUUGAAUCGCAAGGAUACCAUCUGCACAAUAUUUACUAAUUAUUCUACUGCAUGCGUAAACGCAAAAAAAAAAGCUUUUUAACCUGCUAUAUGCACAUUUGGUGUUAUAUUCUAGGACCCGGACUGAUCUUCAAAAAGAAAGAACUCUCCUGUGCUCCAAGCACAUGUCGAGCUUGCCAGGGUUGAGCCAGCCGCCAAACCUUCUGCGUACCGCAACUUGACAUGAGCGCCGCCGCUACUUCGGAGGCAGCUGCGACAGCGUGCUCUGUUUCCUCUUGGAUAGUGACGUAUAACGGUGCUCUCAGUGAGUGUGGCAGCGCCAGCGGGACAGCACAGUGCUUGGCGUUCAGCGGUUAACAUUUCUAGAACGGCAAAAAAAAAAUGUCUUUCAGCGGACGCCUCGCACUGGUGACGGGUGGCGCAAGUGGCAUCGGUGCAGCCGUCUGCCGAGUUCUGGCUGCCGAAGGUGUGACCAUGGUGGUCGCCGACAAGCAGUUCGAGGCUGCACUCCAAGUGGCCGAGUCCCUGCCAGGCGACGCCAAGCACCAAGCGAUCUACGUGGAUGUCGGCGACACGUCGUCGGUGGAGCAUCUAUUCCAGUGCAUCAGGGACUCGUAUUCUCAGCCGCUCAGCAUAGUCGUCAACUGCGCCGGCAUUCUCCCGAUGGCGCUUCUCGUCGACACCUCUGACGAGCUCUUCGACAACGUCAUCAGAAUCAACUUGAAGGGUACAUUCCUGGUCAGCAGAGCCGCCGCUCGAGAGAUGAUACGCUCCGAGAAGGCGUUGCCCGAAGGAGGCGCUGCUAUCGUGAACGUGGCCAGCAUCUCAGCCAAGAGCGGUGGUUAUCUUUGCAGCGCGUACGCUGCUUCCAAAGCCGGAGUCGUGGCUCUGACGAAGUCGGCGGCUCAAGAGCUGGCUAGCCACGGCAUCCGCUGCAACGUGGUGCUACCCGGUUGGACGGACACGCCCAUGACGGCUCCAGUAAUUGAAAGACACAGAGACAUUGCGAUAUCCCUGUCGCCCCUUAAGAGGGCAGCCCAGCCGGAGGAGGUCGCCGAAGCCAUCAAAUUUCUGUGCUCGCCCACCGCCAGCUCAUUUGUGACCGGCGCGACACUAGAAGUGACCGGAGGAUUCAACAUGUGAACCUACGAUAAUUCCACAUCAGUGAAGUAAAUGUUGUCAGCUUGUAUACGCAGCUUACUGCAGAACAUCCGCCUCCGGCACUGGCCAUUAAAACAGAACUAAAAGCAAAACAGAAAGGUUGUCAUGCACUGUAGUUUAUAGAAAGGAAGCAGGUAAAGAAUUCUAAAAUAUUAUUUCAAGUCACUUUCUUAGUGUACGUUUUCUAAUGAUGUAAUAAAUUUUGAUUGAUUGAC